UCCAGUUUCGAUACACAAAAUGCGUUCACUUGUUGCUGAUCUCAUUACUGAACUAAGAUGUGACCUUGCACUACCGGAAACAAAAGUUCAGGUGUUUAUAAACAGUAUUUCAUCGCUGUUGAGUUGGACUCAAAGAUAUUCAAUGUCUGUGAUUAAAACAUUCAUCACCACAAAAAAUCUUUCUCUGGAUGACGUUGAUACAAUAAAGCUGAUCAAUAAUUUGCAUGUUCCAAAUAUUACUGCCGAUGUACAAACUCAUAAGGAUAACAUUGUAUACAUCGGAUCAAGAGCGAAAUGCCUAAUUCCGGAACCCGUAGAAAUUCUUCUAGGAAAGAGAAAGAUUAUUCAUCGCGUACUGUUGCACCCUAGCCGAGGCAAGAAAUUUCAAAACAGGAUCAAGCGAAACCAAUUUAGCCAAAAAGUUAAGGUUAAGAAAGACGUUUGUCACUACAUAUCUCCGAUAGAUACAAUACGUUUGAUAAUGAGUAAUCCGGAGGCCCGUGACAUGGUUGAAAACGAAGCUCCUCGGAAAGAUGAGACUAUACGUACUUUUCAGGAUGGUCGUCAAUUUUCGCUGAAUACUUUUCUCAAUGAGCACCCUUGUGCUUUGCGUCUAUCAUUUCAUAUAGACGAAGGAGAGUAUGCAAAUCCAUUAGGAUCCAGGAAAGGCAACAACAAAUUAACAAAUGUUUGCAUAAAGUUGCAAAACAUUGAUUCUCGUCUCAAUUCGUCUUUGGAGCGUGUUUACGUCGUUCUAAUGGUAAAAUCCAGUGUGCUGAAGAAAUAUGGAUACAAGAAAGUGUUUCAGCCAUUAAUUGGCGAUCUGUUGAAGCUGGAAAGUAAAGAAGGUGUUCAGAUUAAAUUUGAUUCAGGUAUUUACACACUACGUGCAACGUUGGUGAAUGUGUUGGGUGACACUCUUGCCAUACAUGACUUGUAUGGGCUAUUGGGACCUUCAGCCAAUUACUUCUGCAGAGCUUGUAUGAUCACACGAGCUGAUUUGCAAAAUGGAAAUUUUGGAGAUAAUUUUCCUCAUCGAACAGCACAAAGUGUCAAAAACGACCUAGAAGCUGUUAAUAACAACGAGAUAACUGCCUCACAAUGUGGCGUAAAACAAGAUUGUGUUUUACACGAGCUACUAUAUUUUCGAUGGCCAAAUAACCACGUAUUUGACCCUAUGCAUGACAUUUUGGAAGGAAUUCUUCCGAUGGUGAUAAAGAAGAUUGUUAUAUAUAUUGUGUACGAUUCCAAGUCUCUAACAGUCAGUGAUGUAAAUCGCAUGCUUGAUGAAUUUGAUUACGGUGAAACUGAAGUUCGUGAUAAGCCAUCGCCUAAUUUCACAAUCAAAAAUUUGAAGACUAAAGGAAACACAAUAAGCCAAUCAGCAGCCCAAAGCUGGUUGCUGUUGAGAAGCUUCCCGUUUAUUUUCCACGAUAUUUUGACAACAAAAGGAGAAUGGUCCAAUUUAUUAUUAUAG